AUGGAGACAUCGGCGGGCUCAGAGAUAACCAAGCAGGAGACGGUGGGCCCAGAAAAAGUAGAUGAAACGACUGAGCCAUUGGGAAAGCUGAACUCGAAUUCAGAAGAGAUAGAGAAAUUCAAGCCAGGAUGGCGGCUUCUAUCUGCCUUCACUUCAAUCGCCAUUGUCAAUCUGGCCUGCGCUUUAGAUGCCACCAUCGUUUCGGUAGCCUUACCGGUCAUCACCGUCGCCCUCAAAGGCAAUGCAAUUGAAGCCUUCUGGGCCGGAACCUCAUUCCUGCUGACCUCCACCGUCUGGCAGCCUAACUUCGUCGCUUUCUCCCACCUAUGGGGUCGUCGCCCCCUCCUUCUCGUAGCCCUUACCUUCUUCACUGUCGGCUCCAUUGUCUGCGCCGUGUCGAAGAACUUCACCAUGAUGCUUGUUGGCCGUUCCAUCCAAGGUACCGGCGGGGGAGGUAUUAUCGCUCUCACGGAAAUCCUCAUCACGGAUAUGGUGCCCCUCCGCGAGCGAGGCAACUACUUUGCUCUCAUCAGUAUCGUCUGGGCCAUCGGUAGCGUGUCCGGUCCUCUGAUUGGAGGUGCCCUCGCCCAAGCAGGUGCCUGGCGCUGGAUCUUUUAUCUCAAUUUGCCCAUCGUGGCUAUCGGCUUCGCCGGCAUCAUUGCCUUUCUUAAACUCGAGAGUCGGAAACGCACUCUGAAACAAAAGCUUCGCGAAAUCGACUACGUCGGCUCUGUCAUCUUCCUCGGCUCAUCAACAUCUUUUCUCAUAGCCAUCACUUGGGGCGGCGUCAUGUACGCCUGGUCAAGUUGGCACACCCUCGUUCCCAUUAUAAUCGGCUUGUUCGGCCUCUCAGUCUUUGUCAUUUGGGAAGCCAAGCUUGCGACCCACACGCUCCUCCCUCUCGGAAUUUUCAAAAACAAAGACACCAACAUCGCCUACUUCCUCACCUUCAUCCACGGCAUCAUCCUAUGGUCUAUCCUCUAUUACAUGCCUCUCUUCUUCGAAGGCGCGCAAGAUUUCACCCCAGUCCUUGCCGGCGUCUCUGCGCUCCCGCAAUCUCUGACCGUCGUCCCUUGCGCCAUGAUCGUCGGCGUUGUCGCUGCCAAAACGGGUCACUACCGCUGGGCGCUCUGGGUCGGCUGGGUCUUGGCCACCAUGGGCUCCGGCCUGCUCUACAUCCUCUCCCCCUCGACGACCAUCCCAGCCUGGGUCUUCCUCAUGCUCGUCUCCGGCAUCGGAAUCGGCCUACUCUUCCCCGCCAUGGCCCUCGCCAUCCAAGCCUCCGCCCCGCCAAAAGACAUCGCCAUCGCUGCAGCCAUGUUCACCUUCUUCCGCUGUUUCGGCCAAACCAUCGGCGUCGCCAUCGGUGGGGUCGUCUUCCAGAACCGCAUGGCCGCAAAUUUGGCGAGCUACCCUUCCCUAUCAGGCUCUGCCACGUCGUACAGUGUCGACGUGGUGUCGCUGAUCCGCCAAAUCAACGCCAUGCCGAACUCAGAUCCGCGGAAAGCGAUCCUCAGACUUGCCUUGUCGCAUAGCAUCCGCCCCAUCUGGGCGCUCAUGUGUGGAUUGGCGGGUCUUGCCCUCUUCACUACGAUCUUCAUCAAGCAUUACGACCUGAAUCAAAAGCUAAGCACGGAGCAAGGCUUCGACGAGCAGAAGAACCAAAAGAUCAAGGAAGCGGGCGGAGAUCCUGAACUAGCCGCCGCCGACGCGCUACCUGGUGCUGUGGUCGGUGUUGAGAAGGAUACAGGUGCGUUCAAUCAGGAUGUCUCGAACGAUAUUUCCAGUGCGGUCAGAACGGGUGAAACAGACGUCGCCGCCGACGACAUAACCCCGGUUGAGACAGCGGAGUUGAAGAAAUAG